AUGCGACUGUCGACCGUUGCGAUUUUCCUGGGUCUCGCAGCUGGAGCUCUCGCAGCCUCAAUCUCGUCGAACUCCACAGAUUCCUCAAGCACAUACACCGAUCCGAUCGACAACUUCUGCCAGCGGCUCUGGCAUCAAUCUGUCGUUAAAAAUGAUACGCUCUACAUCGACGGUGGGUUGGAGGUCUUUAUACCAUACAAUCAGCGUGGUAAUGGCAUAGGAACCCCGAUCCUGGGAUACAGAGCUGAAGAUGACCCUAAUCUCUACCAAUAUGGAGGCACCGUGUCAUGGGCAAACACAAGUUUUCCCGGGUUCAAAUGGCCGACCUCUGCAACAUACGCACUCUGGUCGGUUGACACUUCUGAAAAUUCGUGGAAUCAAUACGACGUGUCGCUCGAUCUACCAUAUCGGCCAGCCGGAGGAGCAUGGGCUGAGGCUACAGAUCGGGGACUAGGUUUCUAUCUGAAUGGGUUCAUUGACAAUGGAUCUUCUUCCAGCUUUCUCGACUUCCCCAAUUUCCGCAGAUACCUCGAUGGCCUCGUGGUUAUCAAUACCACUUCACAGGAAGCACAUAACCUGUCCACCACCUCGCUGGAGAACUACCCCCGUGCCAUGGGCGGCCUAGCUUAUAUCGCAAACCUGGGGAGCGAGGGAAUCAUCGUAUCCAUGGGAGGAGUGACUAAGCCCUCAAGCAACAGUGACUUGUCAGAUUUAGGGACAUACGUCUCCUUUGACAGUAUCGACUUUCUUGACAUUGCAUCCAUCAACGGCGGGGCCUCGAAUGGCACAUGGUAUACACAAGCUACCACGGGUAGUAUUCCCGACCCGAGGAUUGACUUCUGUGUAAUCGCUGUCUCUGCACCGGAUAACUCCAGCCACAGCAUAUACCUUUACGGCGGUCGAGGUGCCAAGCAAGUCUACGACCAGACCUACGUCCUCACCAUCCCCUCCUUCAAGUGGAUUAAAAUUCUAGAAGGGGAGUCUCCUCGUUAUGGACAUACUUGCCAUGUCGUCGCUGAGUCGCAAAUGUUGACCGUUGGCGGUGUCCAGUAUGACAACCUCACCAACGGUUGCGACUGGGAGUAUAAGAGUGUUGCAAUUCUGGACCUGAAAACGUCCAAAUGGGGCGAAGUUUUCAACAAAGAUGCCGGCCAAUACGAGCUCCCAUCGUCGAUAUACAAUGUCAUAGGUGGCAGUGCAACUGGGAAUGCAACCGUGACGAGACCAUCCGCAGGCUUCAGCAGCGAAAAGAUCGCAGCGUUUUUCGACCAGCCUGGCACAACCGUUGAAAAUACGACAAAUCACAAAUCUAGCCAGCUCAAUGGUGGCGACAUUGCUGGCAUCGUGAUUGGAUCCGUGGCUGGCGCAUUUAUCUUCGCCAUAAUUCUGGCCGUAUUCAUCAUCCGCAGAAGGAAGAAGCAACUUGCCCUCGCAACGGGCCAGGUAUAUACUACACCCACGCUGAGUGAACUCCUGGGAGAUGUGCCCCUGUUUGGAAGAGUGUUUCUUCGCCGCCGCAAUGCCAAACCUGUGGAAUUGCCCACUGGCUCUGAAUUGGGUCAUGAGUUGGAUGGGCGUAUGAUGCCCGUUGAGCUUCCGGCAGAUCCGAUUGAAGAGAAAAAAUCUAGUGCUGGGCCUGAUGAUGCCCUUGAUGAGUAA